GAUGGUCACUCGCCAUUCACCAUCCGAACAGCCAGGCCACUCCAAAAUCAUUUAAAUUUACACGCCACUUAAAAUAAUCAGAUUGAAAGUUUACAUGUUUGAAUUGGUUCGACAUUAGCAACAAAACACAGAUCAUUAAGCAGUUCACUUUCAUUAACACGCCAUGGACUGGGUUGCUGCUUCUGAAGCAACAGCUAGUUACCAUAUGCGCAGGAAAAUUCGGAUAAUGUUAAUUUACUUUCCACACACAUGAAGAUGGUGUGUCGUAUCGUCAUCAUCUCAAGGUCUGUCGAAUCAUCAUCAUCAAUAGGAAAAUGGGGUGAUCUCCGGGGCUCUUGGAUCAUGGAUGUUACUUGUUAGUGAUGGUUAAUGGAGAUAAAAGAGAGGGGAUAGGGGUUAACGUGUAAUUGUAUUAAAAUUUCGGCCUUGAUGUUUUUCUUUGGUGGGCUUUCUUCUUGUUUCCUCUUGUCCCCAUGAUCAGGCCUCCUCCUGCAAACGCCACUGUCAACUUUCGAUUUACCCGACUUUGGGUCCAUUUUUUUAUUUUGUAUCGGAAUGGGAAUUAAGAAUAGUUUGAUUUCAGGUAAAAUUAAAAGACUAAAACUUGAGGAAUCUAGAUAGAUUCUGCAGAAGCUGGAGAUCAUGGAGAAUGGUUUCGAGCCUGGGAUGUCAAAUUUUCGCCAUGAAGAUGUGUCUCCACUGGAUCUGGGACUUGGGCAUUUCGGUUGCUCGCACUAUAGAAGGAGAUGUAAGAUCAGAGCACCCUGUUGUGAUGAGAUAUUUGAUUGCAGGCAUUGCCAUAACGAAUCAAAGGUCAUCUGUUCGUUGUGUGGCACAGAACAAGAUGUUCAACAGCACUGCAUCCAGUGCGGGGUUUGCAUGGGGAAUUACUUUUGCUCCAAAUGCAACUUCUGUGAUGAUGAUAACUGGAGGGGAGGAGAAUUUCUUCCACUGUAAGAGAUGUGGGAUCCAAAACCCUAACAGGAUGUUGCUCUUCAAUCUUGUUGAAGGAUUCACACAACUGUGUGGAAAGAGCAAUGGAUCACAAUUGCCCUGUUUGCUUUGAGUUUCUCUUUGACACAACGAAAGACAUUACUGUCUUACCUUGUGGAUACACGAUACAUCUGGAAUGCGCUAAAGAGAUGAAGCGGCAUUUCCAGUAAGUUUCUGGGAACGAUAAUGGUCAUGUGCCAUUUUGUGCAAACUAUUACAGUAACUUUUUUGGUACCUGGUUUUUAUAUGGAGAGUGUUCUUAGAGGUAUGCAUGUCUGGUUUGCUCAAAAUCAUAUUGCGCUAUGUCUCGUGUGUGGGAAAAACUAGAUCAAGAGGUAUGCCUACUAUAGUAAAAAUGAAUUUGAUUUUAAAUAAAUCAUUUUGUGCUUGUUCCUGAUGGAGCCUUGUAUACAGGUUGCUUCAACGCCUAUGCCUCAAAUGUAUCAAAAUAAGAUGGUUUGGAUUCUUUGCAAUGACUGUGGGGAAACAUCGGAAGUGAUUUUCCAUAUUGUAGCACAGAAGUGUCUAAGGUGCAAUUCAUACAAUACAAGACAGACACAAGGAGGUCCUAC